AUGGGAGAAUCUUCACAUCCCGUCUCAGAAGUAACUUCUGCACCAAUCGCGCCACCACCACCACAGGAUUUCGGAGACCCAAUCCCUGCUUAUACUAGCGUGGCAGCAUACAAUCCCUUCGAGCAGACGAUCCACACAGGUUAUAAAUUUACAGAGGAUCCCUACUGGGUAGCUGCGAACUACAACUCUCUCCAUCCGGAAGGUACUUUUGGAGGUCCCUGGGCUACGGGACAAUCGACCUAUGGAUACCCAUCAUAUGGAUAUCAGCAGUCGCAGCCUCCUCAACCACCGCAUUAUCCGCUACCACCGCAGGCACCGAUGAUGUCGCCGCCACAAGUUCAAGAAAUCCUUCAAGGGAUAAAUGAAGUGCGACGAGAGAUGCGGCAUGAAUUACGGGAGGAUCGUCGGCAUAAUCGUGGGAUGUUUAAGAAAAUGGUGGAUUUAAUCAAGGGAAAAAGCAAGAAGGACUACUAA